AUGGCUUUGACAUCCUCUUUCUUCGCGUGCCUGUUGGCAGUUCUUUGUCUCUUGCUUCGGGCCGGCAGUUUGACGGGGAUUGCUGAGCAGCCUCUCUGGUUGCUGAAUGUAUCGAUCGUGGCUUGGCCCCUUUUGGUCUUCCUGGCUGUUUAUUUCCUGGGACAUCUUUGGGACAGCCGAUCCUUCUGGUUUGAUCGAAUAUGCGUGGACCAGCAAAAUGCAAGUCUGAAGCUCCAGACGAUCCAAGCAAUUCCGGGCUUUGUGGCGCAAUCAAAGAAGAUGCUCGUGUUGUGGGACGACACCUACUUCGAGAGGACAUUGUUCUGGAUCUGCGCUGACACCUUGGUGGCCCUGCUCUCAGCUUCCGAGGAGGCAGGAUGGUCGCUCUAUGUUUUCUUCGGUUUCCUCUACGCGGCUUUCUGUUUGCACAAGCUGCAAGGGCACAAACGCAUGUUGGAUCAGAUGUUGGCCUUCGACCUUCGAAAUGCCAAAUGCACGUUUGAGGAAGACCGUGCUGUCAUCGAGGAGCUUGUUUUGAACUUGUUUGACGAGGCAUUGGAGCCCCCCAUCAGGGUCGCCUUUGAUGCGCCUGACGCCGAGGAUGGAACUGUGGAGGAAGCCGGUGAACCCCUUAUUUCCUUGGAAAGCUUGCGUGCCAUACGGCAUGUCACAAGUUAUCCCAGCCCCGAUGCGAUCAUUGGUCAGUUCAAUGAUUAUGUCAGAGGCCCUCUGCGCCAGAAUCUGGCUGCAUUUUUGGGAACGGAGGACUACAUCUCCCCGAAGAUGUGCAUCGUUGCAACGUUGCCCAUUUGGUUUCAAUCCUUGAUGUGCGUUCUGAGCUGCGAUGGUGCUAGCUGUGAGAGAUCAGCAUCAGAUGGGGGGUAUGCUUCAAUCUACCAGUAUAUGAUCACAAACGCAGUGCUCCAGCUGCUCUUGUUGCCCUUUGGGCUUCUCAUAGUUUAUCCAUUGCUACUGCGCGCCAACCAAGCGGUUGCUGCAGCGUUGCACCGUGGUGUUGCCAGCGCCUAUGGAACAUGGUUGCUGGUAAGAAUCGUUGUUGGAACAUGCGUGAGUGCAUUGAUCAUGUGGUGCAAUGAUCACUUACAGCUUGCUCUUCGUGAGAUGCUGUUUUUCAGCACGACGUCCUCCAUGUAUUUGGCAGUUGCAGCUUACGUCUUUCAGUGUUUCUUCAUGUGCCUCCUGUUCCGUAGGAAAGGAUCGUCAUGA